ACUGAAGCCAUAUAAUACAAUUGAUAGAAAUGUUGUAUGUUGUUUAGGUGGACUCGGGACAACAUUCUACGUGCCCUAUUUCAACGCCGUCCUGAUAAUUUCCAUUCUGAUUGCGCUCAACGUGAAGAUAUUGUACUCGUCAGUCUCCUAAACGGGUGGCGGUAACAUUAAGAACCUGUAUGCACAGAUUCAGUGUUUGAAGGGCCGACAGGAAACGAGAAUAAGAACUAUUUGACAUUCCGGUAUUUUGUACCCACAAUAAUGUAUGAUUAUAUUUCAGUAUUUUUAAGCAUGCUAUUUUAAUGUUAAUGGACACACUUAUUAUAAACCUGUGAUGCAUGCACGUGGACUACAAACACCGUCUAUCUGUCAACUUCAGGUCAGAGAACGGUUUUGUGUACGCCUUCAUGGGGCUGUGCGUGACCGCAUCUCUCACAUACUGCGACCAAGCCGCCUGGCAGAGCCGCAUCGCCGCCAAGCCGCUACAGGGCGUCCUCGGCUUCUUCAUCGCCGCCUUCAUCUGGUUCGCCAUUCCCAUCUCCAUCUCCACUUCCGCCGGACUCGCCUAAAUCGCCAUGGCAUCCACCAACACGACAAGCGUUCUAUGGCUGUCUGACAUCAACGCAGAUUCUAUAGCAUGUAAAUGCCUUCAAACAAAGUAAUCGGCAUUAAGCUAUACGCUUGUCCGUUUGUACGUCCCGAAACAUUUGUUUGCACUGUAACUUUUUUAUUUAUCGGGCAGUUUUGGAAAUAUCUUUGCUAGAAAUCAUUGCCUUUUAUCGCCGCCUUGUUGCGAGCGAUAUUUACGUCUCUUGUUCAAAGGGUCAUUGUCCCAC